GCUUCCCCCCAAAGUCCGCCAUUUUAUCAAACGCUUUGCAACGUUUGCUGGUGUUUUGCGUCGUAUUAUUGAAAAAGUGUAAUAAUCGCAGUAAAAUCACAAAAUAAUAGCAAAACGAAAGUUCCGACCCUCUACAACUCCUGAACAACAUAGUUUAUACCUUGAAAACUACACCUAAGUGAAUAUUUCGUCUACAAAUCAACAAAAAAUGGCAACGAAACGUGUCCGCUAUUCCGAUACCUCGUCGUCUGGCACCGAGAGCGACAACGAUCACGAUGAAUACAACAAAUUCAACACCAUGAAGCGAAAACAACGUGAGCCUAAAUCUUUCUCUAAAAACGCAUUAAUGGCACGCGAAAACCGCCUCAAGAAAAAACUAUACAUGGAAAAUCUUGAACGUGAGUUAACCAAAGAGCGUCAGAAAAAUAAAAAGUACAUGAAUGUCCUGAAGCGACAAGCAGAUGUUAUCCAGAAACACGAACGCGAAAUUAAGUAUAUGCGUGGUGUGCUCGCCAACAACUCUGAUAUUUCCAAGCUGCUGAAAACUUUACAUUACAACACUGGAAUGGCAGUUGGGACAUCAUUGAAUAAGAAUUUCACAAUAAGGGGCAACAAUGAGCAACAACCAGAGAAGAUUACACAACCUUCAGCUGCUGAUGUCAUCAUUACAGAUUUACAUCCAUGGAGUGAUGCACAACUUACCAAUGGAGCUUUAGAUAUUCAAUUCGACGACUUACUUGAUGUACCGCCGAUUUCGCCAUCGUUAGAUGAUCACAACUACACUCUAGCCUCAUCUGAAACUGAUGAGAGCUUGGGUGUCUGUCUGCACAUCUCCAAUCACAAGGUUUCCCUGGAAUACUGUGCACAAUGUCAUGAGAAUGCCAGCAGAGUAUGGAGUGAGGAGGAUUGCAUCUGAAUGCAUUUGGAGGGACAAGAUGCACAUGCCUUGUCUGCACCUGGAGCUAAUUUAACACUAAAAUGUCUGUAUCAGAUUGGGUUCAUUGUUAGUUUGCAUUUAUAUUCAUUAAGUUAGCUGUGCUGCACUUUCCUUACUUUGAUUAGUGAUAGGUUGUUUGUGAGGAUGUUGUUAUUAGGAUUUUUUUAAUUUCCAGGAUGUUAUGCUGAGUUUAGUCAGAUGCCUAACAGGGACCGCACUGGGGGUGUUGAUGGUGAUGCUGUCAUCUCAACUGAUUUUGAUGAAGGUGGGAAUUUCAUUUGCUAUGAGAUGUAUUUGUUCAAUCAAACAUCGCGAUUGUGUGUUGAUAUUUUAUUUGUUUGAUUGAACAAAUACGCGGCAUUUCUCUCCCUUUGGCGACUUUAAUAAUACGGCAAGCGAUUUGUUUUCAGUCCAAUACUGUGAGGCGAUGACGCGGGUUAAGGACAGGUGGAGUAUACACAAAUGUAUCGUUCCACACAACAUGACAAUUUAUAUCAUGUAUAAUUACUUCUUAAACAAUUAUUCAAUAUGAUGAAGAAAUCAUGUUUUAUACUUGAUCAAUUGUUAAGAAGUAGUUUUAAAUGAAAUAUGCAACUUAAUGGGCUAGAAUUGACAUUUUUUGUUCUAAAUUUUUAUUAUAUAUACUUAAAAAACUAUUUUUAUUUAAAAUCUAGCUCAUUAAGACAUAAUUAUUCAAUGAUUUAGACAGUUUUAUGGUCUAAAUUAUUCAAAACUUUUUUUCAGAACUUGUGAAUACGUUUCCCCAUCAAAAACUAUUAAACAAGUUGCCUUCUUUAAGUUUCAGAAGAAGAAUUUGCCCUGUGUGCACCCCAAGGUGGAGUUGGUAACUGAGCAUAACAAAACAGUGACAAACGGUAAAAUAAAGUUGAUUGGAAGCUCAAAAUCAUGUAAAAAAAAAACCAAUGAUCAUUCAUUCAUAUAAAAUCGUGCGUGUAAAUAUAAUUCUUAAAAGUAUUUGCUCUCCAAUCAAAAACUUUAUGUUACUUCAACUCUAAAUAAUCUAAGAUUCGGUUCUUGAUUAACUAUUUAGUGACUAGUGAUAUUAAAAUAUGGAAUAGGAUAAGUAAGGAAAGUUGCACAUAUUAAAUUAUUUAUAUAAAAAAAGAAUUUGUUUACUACUA